GAUAAUGUUAUUAUUGAGUACUUGGAACUUUUCACGUCAAAGUGCUGUAGGUGCUACCAGUGGCCUGUAGUAUCUUGGCUGUCCCAUGAUAACUCACUGUCUUAUAGUUCUGAUGGCCUUGGGAAGUGCAGCCUUGAAUGUCCUGACUCUUGUGCCUGUAAAGCCUCGAGCACGAGCUGUUUUUUACAGUUAAUUUCCUCACUUGAAAGGGAAAAUAAAAAAGUGAGACCAGCUGAAAUCAAACGUUUCCCACCCUGUGCGUGUGUCCCCAUGGAGUCGCACGAGCACGCUGGCUGUCUCUGCCUGGGCGAUUGCUGGAGGGAGCGCUGUGUGGCUGUGGCUCUCUGGUUAGACACACACCACAAGCGUAACCCAAGAGUGCACCCUCAUACAGAAGCUGGCCUGGCCGCUGGGUUCACUUGCUUCUCCGCCAUCGCUUGGCAAAGCCAAGUCCUCAUUGGAGACCUCAUGAGAAGGUUUCGAACCAAGCUGUUGAAAUCUGAUUGAAUGUCCCUCUUAACAUCUGGAAAAGUCUUCUCCCCCACUCCCCCACCCACACUUAGGGCAACGCUUUGCUCUCCAGCUUGGCCUCCGUGUGCAGAGGCCAUCCAUUCAGGGUGUGGAAGAGCAGCUGGGGGGGAACCCCCCAAGCAGAUUUGAGAUUCUUACCCGUGUUAAGUCUCUGACUGGGCCCGAACCGUUUGGGUAUCGAUAGUUGUAGCUGCUGCUGGUUUAGAGACAUCUCACUCGUACCCUGGCCUGGCUUUUCCCUGUCUCUGGGAUCCUCACUGUGCAGUUAAGACCCUUCCAUAAUAAGGUUUUCUGCCUUUCCUCAUGAAGGAGGUUAAAACAUCAACAGCAGCUCUUGGGCUUUUCUCUCAAUAAAAUUAAAGGAGUCAGGCAAAUUCUGCACCACCCCUUGGUGCCACUUCUCCCCCCUCCCCCCCAAUGCGGCCCUGCCAGUGGAACUCCCGACUUACAGUGCACUCUGCUGACCUUGACUAUCUGCAUAAAUCGUUACCCUGGUGACAGGCAUUGUGUAUGUUGACACUAAGUGGCAGCAUUUUGGCGGAUGCUCGUCCGCCACCACAGUCCUCCAUGGCUCGUCGUCUGGUGCCCGGCAGACGGAAAAGGUUGGAGACCACUGCCCUACGUAGUUCGGCCCUUCUGUAGGAGUUAAAUGCCCUAGAAGUGACAGGAUUCCUGCCCUGUUACCAACCCCAGGAGCCCCACAGGCUCUGGCCGGCUCUUUAUCCUUCUUCGAGUGCUUGCAGGCAUUCCACUCCGGGGUGUGCACACCCACUGCACCAAAGCCGGAGCAAUUCUCCUAGCAGUACCCGUAGGGGUAAUGUUCGCGCCCCUUGACUCAUAGCCUCUCCCCUGGCCCUGACCCUCCUCAGUUCCUUCUCAUCACCAACAGCUGGAGUCGGAGCGCUCUGGGCACCGCUCUGCUCCCUCUCAGUUGUUGAGAACUUUGUGUUCAUAGUUAGUUAUUUAGUGGUUAGUACCGUGGGUGGGUGCAUGGGUUAGUUAGUUGUUUCCUGGUGGAAUGUCUUCACCAGGAUUUAAACAUUGCCCAUCACAUGAAGGACCUUUCCAAAUAGUGAUCCCCACACGAGUGUUUAUUGUGCCUGGGAGAGGGACAUGGUAAGGACAGGUGCUCCAUCUGUAAGUCCUUCAGGACAAGGAUGCGGUUAGCAAGGCACUUGAGACGUAAGCAAGCCACGAUGCCUACGUCAGCACUGGAGAUAGUACCAGCCCCUCAGCUGUCAUCUGAGCCUGAUCGCACUGAUGUUCAGUGGCAGAACUCGGAGGAAGCCUCUAGGAGGGCUCCACCGAGAAAAAGGACUCAUACAUUGGAACACAGCCCCUUCAGCUGGCAGAGAGAGUUGUUCUCUGCAGGGAUCAGUGCUGACUGGCACGGUGUCUUCUCGGGUACCUGUGAAGGAGCUGGGCCUUCAACCCAUUCUCUGGUACCAAGGCAACAUUGAGAGGCUGUACAGUCAACUCCAGCGUGAGUCCAGAACUGCCGUCUUUAGCACCAACAAUCACCACACCCUUGGCCUACCGGGCGACAUAAGACCGAUCAUAACUAUCAGUCCCAGACUCUCCAGUCACCAAUGAACCAUCAGCUGCGGUGGCUUCAUCAAUGAUUAUGGCACCGACAUCAUCCUUGGUACCACACAUACGCCUGGGUACCAUAUCUCGACUGGUGUCUGUACCAGCUCUGACCAGUUCUUCGGCAAUGACGACUUCAGUGCAGACUGAGACAUGAAGACCGGUGCCAACGCUGGCACUGGAGCUGCCUUCAGAGUCCGUACUGAGAGAGAAUGUAUUGCCCCUGCAAACUGUAGGGUCCCUUGCUGACCUGGAGCCCAUAUGCAGUCAGCAUAUUGGGCCUUGCAUGAAGCUGGAUGGUGGCUGGCAGGCUGUGCCAGGAGUUGACCUGCAGUUACCUCAGAUGACUUUGAGGUUAAUCAAGGUUGAAUUAGAAUUCUUCCUCCCCCUCCCUUUUGUCCCCCAAAGGCCGGUUUACAGCUUGGUCUAGACAUACAACUGAUACUGGCAUCCUGGGAUCAAUACCAAUCACACGUUAGGCAUAGGGGCUCUUGGUACGCUACUCAUUGGCCUUACCCAUAUCCACAAUAAUAGCCUGGGAAUCUGUGGGACGUUCCUUGUUCCUUCAGAUCCCAAUCUUCCACCCACUCUAGGGCAACCUCUGUACCCGUUCAAUUCAGCCUCCCAAGUCUCUCCUCCCUCUCCCUGAACUGUUGACCCAACAUCACAGCCAGGUUGUUCAUCCAGCACUAGGCAGUCUACUCCUUACCAUGUGGAUGCUACAUGGCUCGAUGAGGAAGAGACGCAGUUAAAGAAGUUCUACUAGAGUAGGAAAUCUGUGAGGGCCACCUGUUUCUCUAAGUGGAAGCAGUUUUCGAUUUGGGGGACCUCUGAGAGAAUUCAUCCUAUGUCCGUUUGGAUUCAGAACGCUCUGGACUAUUGAUUGCAGUUGAAGUCUUUGGGCCUGGCUCUUAGCUCUUUUUGAAAGUUAAUUUGGCUGCGAUUUCAGCUUUCUACUCUCCUCUUUGGGGAAAGUUGCUAUUUUCAAAUCCUAUGGUAGGGAGGCUUCUGAAAGGCAUCGUCCAUCGUUUUCCACCAGCGAAGAAAAUGGUGCCGUUGUGUGCCAUUGAUGUGUCUGUUUGAGUCAAUAGCAACGUGCUCAUUGGCUCUUCGCUCCAGGACAUGGCCUUCCUGGUAGCUAUAACAUCCGCUAGACUAGUCAGGGAAGCCUCAUGGCAGCAGAUCCCCCAUACACCCACUUCUUCAAAGGGAAGGUUGUUUCAAGACCACAGCCAAACUUUCUGUCAAAAGUGAUCUCUCCGUUUCAUCUUAAUGAGGUUAUUUACUUACUGUAUUUUUUUCCCAACCCACACUUGGGCAUAGAAGAACGAUGCCUUCAGACCUUAGAUGUGGGAAGGUGCUUGGCUUUUUUUCUGGAAAGGACUAACCCCUUUCAUUCAUCAUCUCGCCUCUUCGCAUCUUACACUGAGCUGAGCAGAUGAAAGGACCAUUGGUCUCUGCUAAGUAGAUAAGGCUGUGAAUUACUGCAGCUUCUGGAGCAGCUCAGAUUACGCCCCCAAAGUCGUUAUGGGCUCAUUUGACAAGCACUCAAGCAACAUCGACAGCGUUUCUUAGAGUUGUUUCCCUCGGUGGAUGGCUGCAGGGCUGCGUCUGGCUCUCCGUGCACACCUUUGCUAGCCGCUGCGCUAUCCCCGUGGCUUCUAGGGCUGAUGCACGCUUUGGGGAGGCAGUUCUGCAGUCUCUGAGCCCCGGGAAUACACGUCUGCAACCUCUCGAGGAAGAAAAGACUGUUACUCACCUGUGUUGGAGCCGUUCUUCGAGACGUGGCUGCAGACACACGUUUCACGCCCCACCUUGCACCCCCUCUGCAACAGAGGCUCCAGCCGGUGGCGGCAGCUCCACCCUUCUAGAGCCAGGGAGGGACUGUGAGGCAGAGGGUGUGAGCACUGCCCAUACGUGCUGCUAGGCGGAUUUCCCUGGCUUUGGUGCGUGGGUGUGCACACCCCUGAGUGGGAGAGGUGCCUGCAGCCACCCCUUGAAGAACAGCAGUUACCAGACAGGUGAGGAACCAUCUGCUGUUGUUGAUUUGUGCCGAAGGAGUUAAAAGAGCAGAACCACUUGGGGUACGAUUUCUGCUGUCACUGUCGUAUGCAACUUGCAGCUUGCAGGAGCUGUGUGUGUGUCUGCCCAGUCAGCUGGGGAGGAGCUGUGCACAGCAGCCCUGGUAACACACGAGAGGAAGGAGUGUGUGGCCAAGUGCGGGAGGGAGCAGUAGCAGGAGCUGGGGAAGCACUGUCAGCAGGAAGUCCCUUGCAGCGCCCGCCCUAAGCCCAGGCACCGGGCACACUCGGGCGUGCUGGCAGACCUGGCUGCAGUGCUGUGCCCAUGAAAAGGCCAAGCCCAGUGGCCGGUGUUCGGUUACCUUCCCCCCAGUAGCUGACUGAGCGCUUGGGGGACACCGAGAGCAGGGUGGUGGCAGGGGAGGCUAGUGAGGCCAUGCUGCUUUCUCUGCACCGCUGGCUCUGGGAAUGCCCUGCACUCCAUCCGGCCAUUGUUAGAACAGGGCGGCAGGGUUACUCAGGCCUCUCAUCUAGACCAGCUGAACAUCUCGCCAGCCACGGUGGACUCUGCUAGGUCUGCCGGCCCAGGCUCCCCGAUGGCCCAGUGAGACAGGUCCUGCCAAGGAAUGGAGCCCAUGGGCCAGGCCUGGGCACUUCCCACCCGCGGCUGCUGGAGGGAGCCGGCCCCCGCACUGUGAUGGCGACCGUGCCUCCGCCCGCCCUGAAGUUCAAGCUCAUCCUGCUAGGGAACUUUGGGGUGGGGAAGACCACCCUGUUCCACCGCAUCCGGACAGGGCGCUUCCUGCAGGGGGCUCACGCCCCCAACGAGCACCUGGCCAUCUGUGAGAGGACCAUGCGGCUCAGCCACCCCCAGACUCCCGGCCUGGUGCAGAUCUCCCUGUGGGACACGGCUGGCGAAGAAAGGUUCCUCUCCCUGAGCAACUGCUACUACCGGGACGCGGACGCUGUGCUGCUGCUGUACAGUGCCCAGAGCCAGCUCUCCUUCGACAGCCUCCCGCACUGGGUCUGCGUGGCCCGGCAGUACUGCCCGGACGCCCCCAUCUUCCUGCUGGGGAACAAGACUGACCUGGAGCCACGCCUGCCGGAGGAUAAGGCUGAGAAGUUUUCCAUGGAGCAGGGAGUAGCCGGCAGGUUUAACAUGUCGGCCAAGACAGGAGAGAACGUGGACAGGUGCAUGCAGGACGUGAUGCAGCUGCUUGUCCUCAAGAGCGAUGCUGGGAGCAGCAGGCUGACCGUGCGGCUGCAGGAGGCCGACUCCUCCAGCCCCUGUGCAUGCUGAGAGCCCUGGGGAUGCCUGGCAAACGCGCUCUGUGCUUCAGGAACCUGCUGGAGUCCCAGCCUGAGCCCCGAAAGUCACUGUGCCACCACCAGCCACAGCUCCUGCUGGGCAUGGAGCCACCCUUGGAGAGAUCCUCCUGCCCUGUUAACAGAACAUGCUGCCGGAUACUCCCUGCCGUGGGUGGUGAAGCACCUCGUGCCAUGCGGGCACCUUUGUCCCCUGAAAGGGGAGGCCAGACCCCAGGGCCUGGGCUGAGCCCCACAUCUCUCCCUGCAUCUGCGGUUUGUCCUCUCACUGCUCACCAGCCUGUAGGGGAGGAGAGCGCCCUGCAGGGCCAGCACGUGGGCUGCACCUGGUCACUGCAAGAGCCACGCGCACACACUAGGCCCAGCAGGAAGCCAGGUCAGUGGUUAUGGGGACUGUUCUGCCCUCUGGGCCGGCAGCGAAGCAAUGUCCCCACCCAGUGCCGGAGGGCACUCUGGGUCCUGUUUGAGAGAUGGUGUGAAAAACAGCCCCAGCUCCCUAGUACUCAUUGCAAAUCCCAUUGUUGUCUGUGGAGGGGUAUGUGACACUGUGUACCUUGGGGGAACACCCAGCAGCCCCAUGUUCAUCCUUGUAAAAUGAUUGUGUAGGAUCCAAUGCAAAG